AAUAAUAUGAUGCUUCAUUCAUCACUACUGUGUAUGUAUCUUUUUGUGCUUUUUGUGGCGCCUUUUCAACAUGUCAGAGACCAGCGGGCGCGACCAGCCGUCGCCGGCGGGCAGCGACCGCGACCGCGAGUUCGAGCCCACCGUCGACAUGAUGGUCAACGACUUUGACGACGAGGGGACGCUGGACGAGGCCGAGGCAAACGAGACGGCCGAGCAGCAGCGGAACGAGGCCGACCUGCUGCAGCAGGAGCAGGACAUGCCCAUCGAGAAGCUGUUGGCCAUGUACGGCCGCUACCCGGACGGCGGCGGCCCGGCCGACGCCGCGGCGCCCGCACCGGACGCCAGCCCCACGCCGGACGCCGACGGCGACGGAGAGGACGCGGCGGCCGACGGCGACGACGCCGAGGCGUCCCAGUCCAGCUCGGCCUCGGAGGAGGCGGCCAGCGCUCAGGCGGAGAAGGAGCCGGCCACCGAGACAGAGGCCAGCGACCGUGACGGCGCGGACGCGGCCGGGCCGCCGCCGGCCAAGAAGGCGCGCCGCUCGGCGCUGUCGGCCCUCUACCCGGAGCUGGAGCCGGCCGGCGCCGCCAAGCGGGCGCUGCGCUCCGAGGCGCCCGCCGACGACGCGCUGGCCGCCGGCGACGACGGCGACGAGUCGGACAGCUCCGAGAGCUCGGGCGAGGACAGCAACUGGCGCAAGACCAUCAUGAUCGGCAGCGUGUACCAGGCGGCCAUCCCGGACGGUCUCAGUCCGUACGGCGACACGCCGCCCUACGAGAACGAGGACCGGCUGCUCUGGGACCCGGCCGUGCUCCGCGCCGCCGACGUGGAGACCUACCUGCGUCAGGUGCAGGACGCCCGCCUGCAGCAGGCCAAGGGCGUGUCCGCCGUGCCCAACGGCUGCCACAUCAGGGACAACGAGCAGGCUCUGUUCCUGCUGCAGCAGUGCGGCCACAGUGUCGAGGAGGCUCUGCGGAGGACCCAGAUGAACAAUCACCAGCAGAUCGACACGCUCUCACUGUGGUCGGAGGAGGAGUGCGCCAACUUCGAGAACGGACUGCGCUUCUACGGCAAAGACUUCUACACCAUACAACAACAAAAGGUUCGAACCCGCUCAGUGGGCGAGCUAGUGCAGUUCUAUUAUCUCUGGAAGAAGACUGAAAGGCAUGACGUGUUUGCGAACAAAACAAAAAUGGAGAAGAGGAAAUACGCAUUAAAUCCGGGUGUCACCGACUACAUGGACCGGUUCCUGGAGGAGCAGGACCGCGACCCUAGCACGGCCGGCGGCCGCGGCGACGGCGACUCGCUGCCCAGCCUGCAGAUCCUGAUGGCCACCGAGGCGGCCGGCGCGCAGCUCAAACGGUGGCCGGCCGCGCUGGCGCCGCCCGGCUCCUUCCCGGCGGCCGGCAGCGGCGCCAUGUCCGUGAUGGUGGGCGCCGGCGGCCGGCCGUCGCCGUCCAAACUGCUGCAGCAGUGACCGACGGCGCUGGGUGCGCCAGUAGCCGGACAGAGGCGCAGUGUCCGGUCAGGGCAGUGACCGGGCCCAGGGACAGUAUGUGACGCGGCAGUGACCCGACAGCACGCUGGGACUGUGUUCGGUCACACAGGCCGUUACUACCCGUCCGAGUAGUACGCUGUGUGUUGAGGAGCGACCCGGAGCGAGAAGUGGUCUAUUUAUUACGUCGGUGUGCGACUCCGGGAAAUGUGAGAGGGAUAAAGUGCUAUUCAAGGUGAGGUGAGAGAGAAGACGCGCCGCGCGCCGAGGCCACUCGCACUGACCGAGUGCAAUCUCGAUCGGACUCUGCAGCUGCCGGCGGACGGAGCGACAGGGAGCGGCGUUUGUGGCGCAGCGUCAGCCGGCUCCGGUCAACUGUCGGCGCCGGGAGAUGUGGCCCGGCCCCAUGUGAGUGAAGUCUUCCUGGGACGCGCCGCUGGUGGGGCGGUCCCAGCGGGCAGGGGGGCAGUUGUGCACAUCACUGCCGGGCCGAGCAGCGGCAGUGCGCGGUUCACCGGCGACGCCCAGUGAACGGAGCGGCGCCCCGGCCACCGCCGGCCGGGCGCCGCUCACCCAGUACAAAUGGCGGGCGGCUGAACAGCUGUCGGCCGCGGCGGACCGACCUGACCCGACCCGCCGCGGAUGUACACCGAGUGGCUGACGGCCACCUGGACGUGACGUGACGUGACGAUAAUGGCUGUUACGGGCGGUGGGCGGGAGGCGCGAGCAGGCCCCCGAGACGCCAUCCCGUCCCGACGUAGGUUACCUGAAGACGUAGAGAUGCCACCUCAGUAUCUGGCGCGCACCGAACCAGGUCAUCCGCCAGCGAGCGCGGAGGUUCGCUGCUGAGCACCUGGCCAGCCACGGUCCUAGGCGGUCUAUUUUUCUUAUUACUAGUGCCUGAAACGGUAGUGCGUUGUGUGGAUGUUAAUGUGCGAGUGAGGUCUUUUUGAGAGAUAGUUAGGAGAACCCUUGCUACGCCAAUUUCGCGUGUGGCUCGAAUUGCUUUGAGAAGCGGAAGCGAUGAGCAUUUUUCACAAGACGCGUCAAUUUCUUAUUCGUUUAUUCGCAACUGUGUUUUGUAUUCAUCAACUGCAGCCACCACGGAUUGGGUGCUGUCCGUGUGUUCGUCUGCGUAUGUGGGCGGCUUGUGGAACAGCCGUCUCCUGGUGCGAGCUAGGGGCCUUUGAGGUCGGACUGUAUCAGCCACGUGACAUAACCUCAUCUCAUCGCGUCACGGGCUCUGUUGUCGGUGUCCCACUAAACGCAAUCAUCGAAAACAA